AUGGCGGCUGGGAGCCACUUUCUCCUGAUUUCAUCUAACCUAGUUAAAAAGAGGAGAAAAUGUUUGCUCGCCCACCCUUUCCAAGCAGAAGGGAAGAAAGCUGAGCCCUACCCCCACCCCAAGCAGCGCCAGCGGAGAAAACCCCGCGUUUUAUUCUCCCAAGCUCAGGUGUUUGAACUGGAGCGACGGUUCAAGCAGCAGAGAUACCUCUCGGCCCCCGAAAGGGAGCACCUCGCCAGGCUGCUCCAGCUCACCUCCACCCAGGUGAAAAUCUGGUUCCAAAACCGAAGGUACAAAUGCAAGAGGCAAAGGCAGGAUAAAUCCCUGGAGCUGGCAGCCCCCCCGCUGCCCCCCCGCAGGGUGGCAGUGCCCGUCUUGGUCAGGGAUGGCAAACCCUGUCUUGGGGGGUCCCAGCCUUACCCAGCCCCAUACAGCAUCACCUCCAGCCCUUAUUCCUAUAGCUCCUACUACAGCACCUAUAGCAGCAGCCCCUAUGGUGGUAGCUAUGGGGGGGGGUACAGCGGGGUGCCCCCCAGCCCUGCCCUGGACAUCAGCUUGGGCAUGGCUCAGCACCAGCCGUCUUGGGCAGGGAUCAGGGCUUGGUAG